AUGUCUGACACUCCUCGUUCCGAAAAGGAGCUGUGCCUCACCCGGUACAGCACCCCGGAUACCGCCAACCUCGGCCCAAAGGGAGAGACCAUGACCCCCGGCCGAUCCGAUUUCCUUCAACCGCAAGACCCCCACGCAGGUCCCGUCUUCCGAGACUUCGAACAAGCCAUCGUCGACGACGAGCGAACCGUCAAUGAAAUGGCGGGCAUGGGCCGCCGUUUCUCGGUAGACCCCAAUGCCAAUUUCCACACCCCUCGCCGUAUCAGCUGCACUCAGAAGGAUAUCGCCAACGUUUCCCGAUCUUCAUCCCCGUCCGCCCGGUCUUCGUCCCCGCCAAACUCGGUUGAGGCCUUUGCCGAUCCGCGCCGUCGGGAACGUGCAAACACCUUGGACAGCCAUGGCCCGCCUGACCUGGAGGCCAUGCUGCAGCGGACCGUCUCAGGUGGUACCCACCCCCGGCGUCCUACGUUCAGCAACGCCAGUGCCAUUCGACCUCAACUUGGCGAUGUGCCGCUCGAUUCGAACGAAGAUGUCGCCGUGCACACAUACGAAGAACCCGGCCGUAUCCCGGUGAUCGACUACGAAGAACUCGAGGAGUUUGUAGCUUUGAACCAAAAAAGCAAAGCUGCUGGCAACCGCCGCAAGCACAGCUUGAGUUCGCAGAGCAAGAAGCCUCGGAUCUUCUACGAUCUCCGUCAAGGUGCCAAGGGAGCCAGCGUGGAGGAAUUCAAGAAGUCGGACUCGACCGAUUCAUCCGACACCUGCGAGGUUGACGAAAAUGCGCUAAAGCGCAUCAGCACCGUGCUAGAUGAGCAGGAGCUAGUGGAAACGCUCCCCAAUAUCAACGAGCCCACCCGCUUCGGAUUCUUCUCCUCCGAGUCCCAAACUACCGUGCACGCGGCCGAGCUGGGAGAUUUGGUUUUCCCAGGAGACACAUUCCGUGACCUGUUUCAGCUCGGUCCCGACGGAGGUGUGUGGUGGCUCGACGUAGUCAACCCGACGGAGGACGAGCUUGGAGCCAUCUCUCGCGCUUUCUCAAUUCACCCUUUGACGACCGAGGAUAUUUUGACCCAGGAAGCCCGCGAGAAGGUCGAACUCUUCAAGCAGUACUACUUCGUCUGUUUCCGCACCUUUUAUCAAAUGGACAAGACGAGCGAGGAAUUCAUGGAGCCGGUCAACUACUACAUGGUCGUUUUCCGCGACGGGGUAUUAACAUUCUCCUUCGUCGACAACCCGCACGCCUCGAACGUGCGCAAGCGUAUUGGCAAACUCCGUGACUACGUCUCGCUAUCGAGCGACUGGAUCUGCUACGCCAUGAUCGACGACAUCGUCGAUAGUUUCGGCCCCGUUAUCCGCGACGUGGAGCUUGAAUCUGAAGCAAUUGAAGACCACGUCUUUAUCGCGCGAGUCGACGACUUCGAAUCGUUCCUCCCGCGCAUCGGUGGCUUGCGCAAGAAGGUCAUGUCGCUCAUGCGUCUGCUCGGCGGCAAGGCGGAUGUUAUCCGGGGAUUCUCGAAACGCUGUAAUGAACAGUAUUCCGUCACGCCGCGGGGUGAUAUCGGGCUGUACUUGGGUGAUAUUCAGGAUCACGUUGUUACCAUGAUGUCCAACCUGUCUCAUUUUGAGAAGAUGCUCAGUCGUUCGCAUACGAACUACCUCGCCCAGCUUAACGUCACGAACCUGGUCCUUGGUAACCAUGUCAACAAGGUUCUCAGCAAAGUCACUCUCAUCGCGACGAUUCUGGUCCCGAUGAAUUUGAUCUGCGGUCUCUUUGGUAUGAACAUCGAAGUCCCCGGCCAGAACCACAAGGGCUUGGAAUGGUUCUUUGGUAUCCUGGGUGUAAUGGGAGCCAUUGUUGUUGUUAGUAUUGCUUUGGCGAGGUGGCAGAAGCUGGUUUGA